AUGCUCAAAUCGAUCACUGUCCAACGCUCAGGUGUGGGUAAUGGUCUUCUUGAACCAGUCCAAACAUCUCAGAAUUCGCAGAUAGCCAUCAACAACUCCGAUCAUCUAACAAUUCUCGAACCCAAGCUUCCACUACUCCAUCAGGCCGUCUCCUCAGUGACAAUCAAUGGAAAAACUCAAAACUACCUUGAAGCUACCGAAUUGUAUGAUGUCUGUACCAUUCUUCACAUGGAAAAUCUCGAUCUGCUAGGUCUCCAGAUCUUUUCUAGAAUUUUAAUUGAAGACGGGGAGUCCCACUUUAGUUUCACUAGAAUCGCUGAGCCAUCAGUGGUGGGCCACAAAUGGUCACCGAUAGAAAAUUCCACCAGAGACUGCUACUUGGGUAUUUUACUCAACACGGGAGAGGUUCUCGUCUUGAAGCGCCAGUCCGUGGAUGCCAGCGAGUACACGGUUGCAUUUAGAAGCUUCACGUGUCUCCUUGACCAGAUGCACAUUCCACAGGAGCGGUUGACUGCCGAGGGAGACAUCAUCUUGCGAAAUGAACAGUAUUUAGAGCUCAAAGUGACCUCAUUUGAGUUCACUAAAUUUGAGAAUGGAGAUCUAGUCAUUUCUUUGGCGCACGAGUCGGGGAAGUUGUCAAUCCACAAGUUGGAGGCCGGGCUACCUUUAUUGGAAAGUUUUGAUGCUGGGGGUCUCGUUGUCAAGCAAUUAUGGAAUGCUCGGACCAGCAUCUUAUACUAUGCAUUGAACGAUAAUUCUGUCCAUUUGUGUCCAAUUGACAGCAAAGGAAGACUUCGAUCUCCUCACGUGGCUAUUAAAAGCCCAUCUCGCUUUAUGAUUUCUCAAUUGAAUAUCUUAGCAGGCAACAACCACUUGGUGCUUGUAGAUACAACCACCAUUUACCUUCUCGAUGAGAAUGGAACUGUUGCCAGCCACAAGUUGCCUUUUAGAUCAACGGUGUCAAGCAUUCCUAUUAUUGAAACCUCACUGAAAAGCUCAGUCUUCAUCGCUUACGAAUCAGGUCAAGUAUGUAUGGCCCACUUGAAGGGAGAAUCCAUUACUAUCGGGGAAGCCCCUAGCGCAUGGCAGACACUUGUCAACAAAACACUCUACAAGUAUCAAGUCCUGGUUGUGAAGGAAAAGCAGAAGGCUCCCUCGCAAGUUUUUCUGAACUUUCUAUCGGAUAACGUCGAAGCGAACUUCUACAACUAUGGAACUAAACUCAUGACCAAUGGAACUUUGGUGACCGUAUACAAUUUGACACCCCGACACACAAUUCAUUAUAAGAGCAAAUCCAAAAUGGAGUUCAAUAUCUCUUUUCUACCAGUCAAGGAGAUUGAACCUGAAUUCAGCGUCGAACCUGUGCCAACUUCAAAUUCUUUGAGUAAGUUGAACACCCUCUUUGUUAAUGACAUAGAAAACAUACCUAUCGUUUCCAGCGCAAUAAUUGAGCGCAAACUUGGCGCAUUGAAGGAUUUUAUUGAGUCUGUUUACAGCUGGAAGGUCAAAUCUUAUGGUGAUAUUGGCUCGGUUGAUUUGGAAGUAGAAUUGAAGGGAUCGCUUGGAGAAAGUCUAGCACACAAUUUUAGAGACAACGCCACGAUUUCGAAAUUACAAGUGCUUUACACUACGAACGUUUCCGUGCUAAGAACACUUCACGCAUUGAAUCCCCCAGGAAACACUUCUACUGAAUUGGACAAUCUUAUCAUGGCACUUGCUACUGAACAAGAUGCAAUUUCACAAAAACUACGGGUGCAUUUGGCGUCUAUAUUUAUACAUUAUGCUACAGAACACAGCUCAGAAUUUGAGGCAGAAUUCGACAAGUUUAUGCUUCUCAACUACCACCUAAUUCUGAGCGAGGACAAGAGCAGCCAAAUCCACGAGAAGGCAAGAGUGACAAUUUCGACCGAGAUAUGCACUGAAACAUUCGAAUUGUUGCGGGAUGGUGAGCUUUCAAACGAUUUUUUGAAGUAUUUGAACUCCACCUCAAAUCACAAAUGGCCACGGUGUGACUUGACUUUUCUUCCAAUUUUAGAUUUGACGAGCAAGUCCAACGAGUUGGAGCUGCAUAAUUUCUCCAACUAUAAAGACUUAGGGUCCAAGGUGUAUGACGUUGCAUUCGACAUGCUCGAUUACUGUGUGUAUUCCGGCACCAGGACGUUCAACACUAAGGUUGGGGUUUAG